UCCCUGGCCGCUCGCGCUUUUCUCUCCUUCUCCAAGAUGGCGGCGAUCGGCGGCGUUGAGGCGGGAUCCGGGCGAGCCGAGUGAAGACCUGGUCCUGUAGACGGGAAGGAGCCUGGACACAGUGACACAUUCUCAAAGGCCCUGCAGGACCACCAUGGCUUAUGAUGACUCCGUGAAGAAAGAAGAUUGUUUUGAUGGUGAUCAUACCUUUGAGGACAUAGGACUUGCAGCUGGCCGAAGCCAACGAGAGAAAAAACGUUCUUACAAAGAUUUUUUAAGGGAAGAGGAAGAAAUUGCUGCUCAGGUCAGGAAUUCUUCCAAGAAGAAGUUGAAGGAUAGUGAACUUUACUUCUUGGGGACGGACACACACAAGAAGAAGAGGAAGCACUCCUCUGAUGAUUACUACUAUGGAGGACAGUGGUUCUUGUUCUGAGUGCCGAUAAACCAGUGUGAAGGAGGAGAGAGGUGGAGGGCUGGUAUUUUGGAGGAUUCAGCAUAGAAGAACAGUCUGCAUUUGUGAUACACCAGAUAUUUCGUCUUUGGAAUCGUCACAGAAGAAAAAGAAAAAGUCCAGCCCACAGUCUACUGAUACAGCUAUGGACCUGUUGAAAGCUAUCACUUCCCCACUGGCAGCAGGCUCCAAGCCCUCCAAAAAGACUGGAGAGAAAUCCUCUGGCUCUUCAAGCCAUUCGGAGAGUAAAAAGGAGCACCACAGGAAGAAAGUCAGUGGAAGCAGUGGGGAACUACCCCUGGAGGAUGGUGGCUCCCACAAAUCGAAAAAAAUGAAACCUCUCUAUGUGAACACAGAGACACUGACCCUUCGGGAGCCUGAUGGUUUAAAAAUGAAACUUAUUCUGUCACCAAAGGAGAAGGGAAGCAGCUCCGUUGAUGAGGAGUCUUUUCAAUAUCCCUCCCAACAAGCGACUGUGAAAAAAUCCUCAAAGAAAUCAGCUCGGGAUGAGCAGGGUGCUUUACUCCUAGGACAUGAGUUACAGAGCUUUCUGAAAACAGCCCGGAAAAAGCACAAGUCAUCCUCAGACGCACAUUCAUCUCCUGGCCCUGAAGGCUGUGGGUCUGAUGCCUCCCAGUUCGCAGAGUCCCACAGUGCUAACCUUGAUCUUUCAGGGCUUGAACCUAUUCUGGUAGAAUCAGACUCAUCCUCUGGUGGGGAACUAGAGGCUGGGGAGUUAGUGAUAGAUGAUUCUUACCGAGAAAUCAAGAAGAAAAAGAAGUCAAAGAAGAGCAAAAAGAAGAAAGACAAGGAGAAGCAUAAAGAGAAGCGACACUCCAAGUCCAAGAGAAGUUCAGGACUUUCUGCCGUGCCAGUGGGAGAGGUCACAGUGACAUCUGGUCCUCCUCCCAGCAUCCCAUACGCUGGAGCAACAGCACCUCCCCUGCCACUUCCUGGCCUCCACACAGAUGGGCAUAGUGAAAAAAAAAAGAAAAAAGAAGAGAAGGACAAAGAGAGAGAGAGAGGAGAAAAGCCAAAAAAGAAGAACAUGUCGGCCUACCAGGUGUUCUGUAAAGAGUAUCGCGUGACCAUUGUGGCUGACCAUCCAGGUAUAGAUUUUGGGGAACUUAGUAAAAAACUGGCUGAGGUGUGGAAGCAAUUACCAGAAAAAGACAAACUGAUUUGGAAGCAAAAAGCUCAGUAUCUGCAGCACAAACAGAACAAAGCAGAAGCCACAACUGUGAAAAGGAAAGCAUCCAGCUCAGAAGGUUCCAUGAAAGUCAAAGCCUCUUCUGUAGGAGUACUGUCACCCCAGAAGAAGUCCCCACCCACCACCAUGCUGUUACCAGCCUCACCAGCCAAAGCCCCUGAGACAGAGCCCAUUGAUGUUGCUGCUCAUCUUCAGCUGUUGGGAGAGUCCCUAAGCCUCAUUGGACACCGUCUGCAGGAAACUGAGGGUAUGGUGGCUGUGUCUGGCAGUUUGUCAGUGCUUCUGGAUUCCAUUAUCUGUGCCCUUGGCCCCUUGGCAUGUCUCACCACACAACUACCUGAAUUGAAUGGCUGUCCCAAACAGGUCUUGUCAAACACAUUAGACAACAUUGCUUACAUCAUGCCGGGACUGUGACAGCAAAGAAUCCUGGGACAGAAACCUUAUCCUACACCAUUGCUGGUUUGUGUAUAUAUGACUGUUGCAGAUUCCUUCAGUGGCCUCUGGGUGUAGGUUUUAAAUUUUUAUAUCUAUACAUACAUAUAUACAUAUAUAUAUAAUGUACAAUAUAUACAUAGGACUGUAACUACUUUGCUUUUAAUAAUUUUAUGAAAUGGCAAAGGUUUAGCCAAGAGGAAAUUUUGGCAUGAAUACAGGCUUGGGAUUCUUUUUUCUCCUGUGGUGGAUAAAUCUGCCUUAAAAAUCAAUGUAACUUGGGGGCUGGGGGCUUGUUCUGGGUGCCAAGCGCAUCUCUUUAUGGACAGCUAAAAUGUGAUUAUUUUCCAAGCUCAGUUGGACCUCCAGACCCAUCACUGACCAUUUGCCUUACCUGUCUUAGUCUGAAAUGUAAUAGGAAAGAUAACGGGAAGAUGCCAGUUGACUGAAAAUUCAAAGCCUUUCAAUUUGGAGUGACCUAGGUGGGAGGUGAUGAAAUUUGUUCCCUUUAUAGUUAUGGAGGUGGCUUAGGUGAAUUGAGUAGAGGGUUCAUUCCAAUUCCUACUGUAUAGGUGUCUGUGUGUCAAAAUUUAUUGUAAUCAUUGGUACCAUUGGUGGCCUCAACAGAGGCCAAGGAGUUCUGUGAGCCCUGGCAGCAAAAAACACCUUGGGGGUGAAGCUUUCAAUGCCACCAGUUGGACCUCCAUACAUUCUGAGCUAACCCAGAAUCUUUAGUCGGCAGAAUUAAGUGCUGGUGUCUUUCACUGGCAGCAUGAAGUUAGCCACCAAGUCCUCACAAGCCGUGCUGCUUAGUUGCUUGGUGGUUAUGGAUAAACUUUGCCCAGCAUGAUUUUUGGGUUCAUCUUAUCGGUUCCCCUGGUGGGCAGAUACACAGUGUUCUGCAUUCCACAUGUAAGUGAAUUGCAAAAACAAAACAAAACUCACUCUCUUGUAGGUUUAUUUAUGUGUGUGUGAAUGUGUAUUUUAAUUAUGUGUAUUUAACUCUUUAAAAUCUUAGAUUUUAAUUUAUCCUGUAAAUUUCUGUAUAUAUAAUUUAAUAACAGAAGCCUCCACCAGCAACAGCAUGUGGAAGAUACAGAUUUGUCAUUUCUCCCUUCCGCCCUCCCUUCUUUCCUUCCUUCCUUCCCUGUUUCCUUCCCUCUUUCCUUCCUUCCUCCUGGUCUGUUCCAAAAACUCUGAAUCAUCUACAUUUUAAGGUAUUUUACCUCAAAAAUGAAUCAUUGUGUUAGGAUUCUAAUUCUUUAUAAAGAACUUCAUGGGCUUCAAUAAUGUCUAGAAAGUAAAAUAAAGAGGAAUGUUACCAUCCCCAGCUGCCCUUAUUUCCAGAGAACCAGACGUUUGUUUCCCAGUUGGAAAGAAGACAGUUGAGCACUUCAGGAUGGUUUUUAAAUUUGGUAUGAGAUUCUCUGCCAACACCAAGCUCUGAGUUAACUGUGCUUUCUUGUCCUGGCCCUGACAGAGCACUACAGCAUCAAAGUAAAUCUUUGGGGACAGUGUAGCCCAUCUGCAUCCUAUUUAAUUUCUUCCCUUCUCCCCACCAGUGUUGUCACAGGGCUAUGUUGCUUAAAGGUAGUCUGGCUGCUGAAUCCCUUUCUCAGCUCAGAGCAGUUUUAAGAUUUAAUUGGGAAUACAGAGAAACAGGAUUGUUUGAGAACCAAAAUCAAGAGGAACAGAAAUCUUAACUUGAUUUCAUGUGUUAGAACAUUGCACCAUGCCUCUUCUGUAUCUGUGGAAGUUUCCUGUUUGACACAGGGUAUCUAGGAGGGGCGGGGAAGACAUGGAUAGUAUAGGAAGACAUUAAUCCUAGCAUUGUCAUUUAUAUACAUUAAUGAAAUCCUGAUGAGGACCUGCUUUUUGUUUGUUUUCCUUUGAAACCCAGCCCUAUUGUAUUUGUAUUUAAAAUUUGUACACAUUUGUAUAAUAAUCUGUACCUUGUGGUAUUUGGUACUAUUAGAGGAAAAACUUUGGAUUCAGACCUUCUUGCAGUUUUUAUAUCAUUGUUUUAUUUUGUUUUUUAAAUAAAUUCUAGUGGUUUGAUCCAAAUCCCAUUACAGUUGUAUAAAGAAAUAAAAUUUUGUACUUAUAUUAUUAAAAAUCACAUUUUUAAUAUUUGUA